AAAGUGAGGGAUGAAAAGAGAGGAAAAAAGGGCGGAUGGGGCAGCAGUCAGCAGAAAAGGAGGAAAGAAUAAGAGAAAAGUUAGGGAGAGGGGGGGGUAUUAUUCAAGAAAACGGGCCCUUCUAUUCCAGUAAGGCCAUGCUUUUGGCCACCCAACGCGCAUGAUGGCAUCAUUGCAAGCUCUCCUCCGCCUCUUGCUGUCUCUGCUAGAAAGCUAGGCGCUGCUCUUUGGGAGUUUCACUACUACCUACUUCCCCUCUCUAAAAUGCAUCGCGGUGUUAAUGAUAUCUCUAAUGGAGCACCUCCCGCUGAUUCUAGACUGCGCCGCCGCAACCACCACCACCACCACCACCACCACAAUCAACAACAACAACAGCAUCGGUUCAGGGAUAAGGCAUUUGAGCUCUCCCACUUAUUGCCUGAUCCUUCGCCUAGCUCCGCUGAUCAGCCGGAGAGUGCAAGUGGUUUGAGAAGGCAUAUUGCUGCUUCGCUGAUGCAGCGUCAUCAGGCAAUAGAAAGAAGCAACCGCGCUCUACAGCCAGUAUCUCCUGCAAGUUAUGGUAGUUCUAUGGAGGUGGCACCUUAUAACCCUGCAGCCACUCCUACAAGCUCCUUAGACUUACAGGGAAGGAUGGACGAGUCGCGUUAUAAUCUUAAAACAUCAACUGAACUACUGAAAGUAUUAAAUCGCAUUUGGAGUCUGGAAGAACAGCAUGUAUCUCAUAUAUCAUUGAUAAAAGCCAUGAAAACAGAGCUGGAUCAUUCCCGUGCCAGGAUCAAAGAGUUGCUUCGGGAUCAGCAAGCAGAUCGACAUGAGAUAGAUGACUUGAUAAAGCAAAUUGCAGAAGAGAAACUAGUUCAGAAGAGCAUGGAACGGGACAAGUUAUAUGCUACUUUGCAGUCUGUGAGGGAUGAACUAGAAGAUGAAAGGAAACUAAGAAAACGAUCUGAAUCUCUGCACAGGAAAUUAGCGCGGGAGCUUACUGAGAUGAAAUCUUCUAUGUUGGACGCUUUGAAAGACAGGGAAAGAGAGAAGAAGGCAAGAAAGUUGUUCGAAGACUUGGGUGAUGAGUUUGCCAAGGGAAUAAAAGACUAUGAAACGGAGGUGCAUGCCCUUAAACAAAAAUUUGACAAUGAUUGGGAUGGCAGGACUGAUCUUGACCGUUUGAUUCUCCAUAUAUCUGAAUCAUGGCUUGAUGCACGGAUGCAGAUAAAGGUGGAAGAAGCUCAGCAUGGGUUUUCUGAAGACAUCUCAGUAAUGGAGAAAUUAGGCUUUGAAAUAGAGACCUUUCUUCAAGCCAAACGAAUGAGUAGUCUUAAGAGUGCAGAUAAGAAUCUCCGUAGAGAGCGACGGAAUUCACUGGAAUCUGCCCCUCUGAAUGAGGCUGUUAGUGCUCCUCAAUAUGUAGGAGAUGAAGAGGACUCUGCAGCCAGUGAUUCAAAUUGUUUCGAACUAAAUAAAACAUCCCAUGGUGACUUUAAAUCAAACGUUGAUGAUGCCGUGGAUCAUCAGAUUGAUAAAACUGUAGGAUCCAAUCAAGCAAAGAAAACCCCUGCAUCUCGGGAAAGGAUAAGAGAUCGGAAUCCUUCCAGUGUGCAGGUCAAAGAACAAAUGGCUCAUGCCUUGUCAUCGAAUGGAAAUAAGAAGCCCCAGUUGUUGGAUAUGGAACAUGCAAAAACAAGUGAAGGGAAUCUAAUUGAAAAAAGCAUUUCACAAAAGGGUGAUGCUUUCGAUGCUGCUGAAGGAGGUGUUCAUGAAAGGGAGAAUAAACUUGAACAGAUGGGUGCAUCAAACUCAAAUUAUGUGAUUGAUAACUUGAUGAGAAGUCAUAUAUCGUUGUCUCAAGGAGGGCUUCUGCAUUCCGAGAUUGAUAGUGGUGAGGCUUCCUGCAGCUAUCCUGUAAGGAGAAAUCAAGCCAGCCCAGUUCGACCGUGGAUGUCGAAACUAACAGUCCCUGAUCUCGACAUUUCUGAAUCAUCUUCCAAACAACCUCCAGGCACGAAGGAGAAUACUUUAAGGGCAAAGCUUCUUGAAGCUAGGACAAAGGGGCGGUCACGUUUAAAAAUAUUCAAGGGUUCUUCCUAGACUAUUGGGAGGAUCUGACAUGGAUAAAAAUUCAGGUUAUCCUUAAUGUGUUGAUGCUUCUGGCUUGAUGGCCAUUGGAAAUUUCAGCUCUGUAUAUUCAUUAUGGUGACAAUGGCUGUACCAUGUAGGGGUUAGAUUGGACCGUCUACAUGCCUCAUAUUCUGUAAUUUUGGAAUUUAAGUUUGUAUAUUAGUAUAGUAUAUCUGCAUUGCAUGGUUUGGGGAUUAGGCAAAAGUAUUUUUGUUUUAGUGA